AUGGUGGAGAUUCUCACGAGCUAUUUAUCCGCCAACAUCCUCUUUUGGCGGCCGGACAGGGACGAGCAGCUCUCCUGCUCCGACAGCAUGACUGCAGGGGACUUCCGUGACGAGUGGACGCGACGCCAAGCGGCGAGCCCAGGGCCCUACCCGCAUGCGUCAGAGGCUGCUUCGGUCGCAGAUGCGGUCUGCAUGUACGCGCAGAUGCUGCAUGGGAUCCUCUACGUGCACAACUUCACGCUCGAUAGCGUCCAGGAGCGGACGAGAGAGGCCUACGACAUGAUCCAGGAGCUAUUCGGCGCCACGGACUUUCAAGGCGUCACUGGGCGGAUCGAGCUAAGCCCCCACAAAGGCGAGCCAGAUGGCGCAAUCCUUCUCCAGCACCUGCGAAGCUCUACGCACGGAGUCGAGGUUGUGGAUAUCGCAGUGUACAACCACCAGGUCUUGAAGUUUCUAGGUCGGGACAACCUCACGUUCAGCAUGCCCGGGGAGAAUUAUUACGCCGGGCCUCAGGGGGUGACCCACAUUGACGCCAGGAUGGACGACUACAAGUCCUGCGAUAUCCCAUUGAUGCUCGACCUUGUUAGAAACGAGUGCAAGCCUUGCCCUGACGGCAUGACCUUCGCCGCGCAAUUCAAGACGUGUUCGUGCAGGCCCGGGUUUGCAGCGGCCCCCGGAGGUGAUUAUUGCACCGCUUGUACGGCGGGCACUUUCACCGAGGAAACUGGCAGCACUGAGUGUCAGCAGUGUCCGAGAGGAAAGUUCGCAAUGAGUGCCAGUCAGACGGAGUGCACAAGGUGCGGGAUCGGAUCGUACCAGGACGAGAGGGGCAGAUCCCAGUGCAAACUUUGCAACAGAACCAUGACCACAGUUGGCGACGGCGUCGAGUCCAGAGACCUUUGCACGUGCGGCUCAGGAACGCGGCCAGGAGCCCACGGCGAGUGUAAGGAUUGCGGCGAUGAUGAGGAGACUGGUUUGGUCUGCAAAGGCGGUCAUGACGUCGAGCUGGCGCCUGGCUUCUUCGCCGCAGACGAUUCGCUGUCCGUGUUCAGGUGUCGAGCGGGGGUGUCCCGCUGCGUGGGCGGCCCGCCUGGCAAGAUGUGCGCCGCGGGACGCGAGGGUAUCGCGUGCGCGGACUGCGUGGUGGGCACGAGGAUGUCGUCGGAUGGCACCUGCGUGGCCUGCAACGGGGACAGCACCGGCUGGAUUGUCUUAUCUUUGUGUGGUGGAGGCGUCAUCGCGUUCCUCACCGCCACGUACUUGUACAUCGACUGUAAGGGCACCUCGCAGCGGGGCCACUCGUUCCUGCUGCUCGCCCUGACGCUCAGCAUGUGCGUGGCCAUGCUCCAGCAGCUGAGCAUCGUUGCGCUGUUCACGCAGGUGAAAUGGCCAAACGACAUGCGAUAUGUCCUGGAAUGGGUUUCGUUUCUUGCGUUCGACGUGGAAGCCUUCAACAUCUCCUGCGUAGCAAGAACAUCUUCGUUGGAGCGUUUUGCCAUCAGCAUAGUCACCAUGGUUGCGCCCUAUGCAAUUCUCGUCCUGGUCCAUGUUGUCGCAGUGCUGCUGCACCACAAGGGCGAUUUCCAUAGCCGUUCCACGUCCCUGAUUGCGAGCACAGGUACUGUAUCUAUGAUAGUUUACAUUUCCGUUCUCGCGAAUCUGUUGCAGCCACUCCAAUGCAUGCAGAAUCCGAACGGCCUGUGGACCAUGCGUGCGUCACCCUCGGUCAUCUGUUGGGACACGCAGGAGCAUCGAACGAUGGUGGCUAUUGCGAGCGUUGCCGUGCUGGCACCGCUAGGAUACCUGGCGAAGUGCUGCCAGGUCGUAUGGCGCUUCCCCGCGAGGAUGCACGCGGGACAGGUCGAUUACCUCCACAGGUACCACUUCUUGUUCUUCAGAUUCCGCAGCGAGUGCUACUGGUAUUCCUUGGUGCACAUGUUCCGGAGCCUACUGCUCGCUAACCUGCCCGUCCUCCCCGACGCCGCGGGCCAGAUCUUGUGCAUGCAGGCGAUUAUGCUCUUCCAGCUCUACUGCGUACUCGCAUACAGGCCAUGGCGAGUCCCAGUAGCCAACCAGCUUGACGUGUUCCUCACGACGGCGAUCAUGCUUCUCCUCGGCAUCGCUGCCUUCUUCGUCGACACGACGAUAGUGACAUUCGUGGCCGCGGCAGCCGUGUGUCUAUGCGCUAUCCUUUUUCUAGCGUUGCCAGUGAUGGGGCUGUGGAUUUUGUUCAAACGAUGCCAGGGUCAGUGCGGCAAGCGGUUCAAUUACUUCUUGUGUCAUCACAAGGCUACCGCUGGAAGUUUCGCGCGGCUUUUGAAAAUGGAGUUGUACAGAACGAAGGCUGCAGUCAGAGAGGUAUUCUUAGACACAGACAACCUGAUUAAUUGGGGGGGCGGCGGAUCUGGACGGGCUAUUUGA